GAGAGCCAUCCUGGAGCAGCACGAGAGGGAAACCUGCUUCCUGCGGGACCUGGCGCUGGCGGCCGAGAGGAAUUACAGCCAGGGGGAGCAGGAGGAUGUGCUGAACUUCCAGAGUGCCCGGGAUGACAUCAAAAACAAGAGCCAGCAGGAGAAGCAGUACACCCGCCUGGAGGUGGGGGGGAAGCUGGACGAGCUCUGGCUGCAGUUCCAGGAGGCCCUGCAGGGCUACACCGAGGCCACCGAGCACCAGAAAGUCGCUUUCCAAGUCCUGAAGGAGAAGGACAGGAAGCACAUCAAGGAGAAGGUGGCACAGGGCAAGAAACUGCAAAAGCUCCAGGACUUGGUGGCUGCCACCAAGAGCCAGAUCAUCACUCACCUCCGGGAGAGCAAGGAGCAGAACCAGCAGAUGAGGGAGGAGAAGGAAAAGGCCCUCAAGGAGCUGCAGGAGCUGAAGAACGAGAUGAACCAGGGCAGGGCGAGGGCCCAGAGCAGCCUGGCCAGGCUGGUGCUGCAAAGUGGGGCUGCCCUGAAGGCUCUGGGGCAGCUGGUGGAGAAGGCCCAGCGCAUCCUCAGGUUGGCCGAGAUGUGUCGCAGGCUGGAGACAGAGGAGGAGAAGGUGCUGCCCUUCUACCCUUCCUCCCUGGAGGAAGAGGAGCAGCAAGAUGCCCAACGAGUCCUGCAGGAGACCCCAGAGGAGCCCCUGGCCCAGGCGAGGCUGGAGGAGCAGGCGCUGGAGCAGGAGCGGGCGGGACUGGCCCUUCAGCACCAGCAGCUGCGGGACGUGCUGGGCCGGUACUUGGCCGGGAUCUCCAGCAGCCAGGAAGUGCUCAACAACCCCAACCCCCUCCUCACCGUCCACAACAAGAAUUGCAUCCCCAGGGGGGAAGGAUCCCGCUCCGGGAAGGACU